UAAACCCACAAGUGUUACUUUCAUAAUUAUGUUGACACAACGAUCUUUUGUGGUGCUUGUGACUUUUGCAAAACUGUCUCGGUUCCGUCACACGGUGUUUGUUAUCACUGUGGUUGUUGUUAAUCCGUUUGUGUUUGGAUGAGUUUGAGCUCCGGUUACCUUCCCCCUGAUGGACGUUCAACGCUGCUGCCGCGUCAUUACGACCCUGCCUCUGACUCACCCCUGCAUGCUGCACGGUGCAAGUUGUCAACAGAUCAACUGUUGAGGUUUGAAGAGCGCUGCUGCUGCUGCUGCUGUUUCUGCUGCUGAUGCUGCUGAUGCUGCUGCUGCUGGGAGCUGUUUGGAACUGUUCGGCACAUGAGGGAUUCUUAUGAUCGCUUUUAUCCAAAGAAACACAUCUGUACGAGCAGAAAGGAUCCUGGAGAAGAUUUUUUAAAAUUCAAGUUAGAUUUUUCUCUUAAAACUUUUAAAUAAUUGUUGCCUGUGCUGUUCUUUCUGUCCUGCUGCAUCUAUAACGACAGGAAUACACCUCCGCAUGACUUUCAUCUUGUGAUUGGCGUUUGCAGAUUGUUUUGCUACCACCACUCCCUCUCAUCUUUGACCGCCAAACAUUCUUGGACCACUUAGGAAUGUGUAUCACAGGUGAAGUGGAUAUUUUGGAUCGUAUUUAAAGUCUGUUUAAAGUCUGUUUUAGGACGAUCUCAGUCCUGCAGGUUCUCUGACGCGCGCAGGAUUUUUUGUUUUACGCACAGCUGGCCAACUUUGCCUUUACCUCUACAAGCAAAAGACUGAUCAUGGGAGUAUGUAUGAGUGCCAAGGGGCUUGAAGAGUCCCAGACCAAGGAUGUCUAUGGCAGUCAGGGCCAGGUACGGCCCCGUGAAUAACCGUGCGGCAUCAGCAUGCCCUCUUUGCCCAAUCAGUCGCAGUGCCUCUCCCGUAACUGCAGCUGGGAGGAGAUCCACAACAACACAGCUGACCUCGGCCUUCCUCCUCUCAACUACUACUCCAUCCCUCUCCUCACGGCCAUCACCAUCGCCUGCACACUGCUCUUUCUGGUUGGGGUGGUCGGGAAUGUCAUGACUAUUUUGGUGGUGAGUAAGUACCGAGACAUGCGCACAACCACCAACCUGUACCUGUGCAGCAUGGCCGUGUCAGACCUGCUCAUCUUCCUCUGCAUGCCCCUAGACCUGUACCGGAUGUGGAGGUACAGGCCCUGGCGCUUUGGGGACGUGCUCUGUAAGCUCUUUCAGUUCGUGUCAGAGUCAUGCACCUACUCCACCAUCCUAAGCAUCACUGCUUUGUCCGUGGAGCGCUACCUGGCGAUCUGCUUCCCAUUGCGCGCCAAGGCCGUGGUGACCAAAAGGCGCGUGCGUGGACUCAUUUUCCUGCUCUGGACAGUGUCUCUGGUGAGCGCGGGGCCCGUGUUUGUCAUGGUAGGAGUGGAGCGUGACAUUAUGGGUCCGCCUAAUUACAGUUCAGGGUUAAACGAGACUGAUUUCUACCUGGAGGACGGGGACACACGGGAGUGUAAGAUGACGCAUUACGCAGUGGAGUCAGGCCUGAUGGGGGCCAUGGUGUGGCUUAGCUCGGUUUUCUUCUUCAUGCCGGUGUUCUGCCUCACUGUGCUCUACAGUCUGAUAGGCCGCCGGCUGUGGCAGAGACAUAGAGAGACAACCAUCAACUCACGCGUGGCUCAUCGGGACAAGAGCAACAGACAAACUAUCAAGAUGCUGGUGGUGGUGGUUCUGGCCUUUGUCCUCUGUUGGCUGCCGUUCCACGUGGGUCGCUACUUGCAGUUCCGCUCUCUGGACGCUCCAUCCCCUCUAUUGUCUGUGUUGUCCGAGUACUGCAGCUUUGUGUCCGUGGUUCUCUUCUACCUGAGUGCCGCCAUCAAUCCCAUACUCUACAACACCAUGUCCUGGAAGUACAGGGGCGCAGCGGCGCGUCUCUUUGGCCUCACUGACGGACAGCCUCCACGAGGACGCACAGCCAGCACCGUGAAGGGAGACGGCCCGAACGGUUGGACUGAAUCAUCAGUCAGUUUUUGAACGUUUGACCGUCAAACUAUGAGACGUGAUCUGCAAAAAAAAAUGGUUCCACAUUACGCAGACGUUAAAGCGCUUCUCUCGGCAAGGCAAAGGGGAAAACGCGCACUUGCAAUGUGUUAUGAGGCAUCGUGCGCACAAAAUGUCUCUUUACUCUUUAUCAACAACAUUCAUCAAAAGAACUUCGAUUUCUUCAGGAAGUCUUAUUAGCUCUUCAUACAACACACCUCAUAAAAGAACGUCCAUCAAUGAAGUGCAAACAUACAACACCCCCUGAAGUUAUCAUAUUCAGCAAUGCGUAAAAAAAGCGAGCAGGGCUGUUCAUGCUCGCAAACACGCACACACGUAUUCAUGAAUAUCUUAAACAUACAAUUGCCUUAUAUUGUGUUUAAAUUCUGGAUGACAAAGAAAGCACUGUAGAACUUGUGGCACUUCUCUGUACUCUUUUAUAGAGGGGCAGAGGGGCAGCGUGUGCGUCUGCGUCUGCGUGAGUGAGCUCGUCUGUGUUUUCUGUGCGUAAAUGACAGAGGGAGCGCGUGUGUGGUGUCAAGUGCGCCUUUCUUGCCAUGAUUAUAUGAUUAUGAAUGUAAAGAGUGUGAGAAUGUAAGAGUACUUUGUUACUGUUAUUAAAUGCUCAAUGCCCUGUAUCUUGGAAACUCAAGUCCAUGCUAUGUUGAUGCUGCCAAAAGGGACCAAUGGGGGUUGGUUUGGUGCGAUAAUUGACAGAAUGCAAACAUUUAAACUUCAUGUGUCAUUAUGCCUCUAAUUCUGUGGUGGAGCUAAGUCAAUUAAGCUGCAGGCCUUCUAAAAAAAACAGGAAAUGAGAGUUUGAGGAGGGUUUAAGAGGGUAAACAUAAAUAUGUAGUGUUUACUCAUCAAUAAUAACCAAAUUAAACUGAUUGGUAUUGUGGUAAAACUCAGUAUGUCAGCUUUCUGAGCCCAGUGCCUUGUGCACUAUUCUGCCAUUGUUGAUUCCAGCCCACUCAGGUUCAUAAAUGUCUGGUUAACAGGACAAUUUCUUUUGAUUACAGAAAACGCUUGAAUUCAAUGAAUAAAAAAAUAGGGAGUAGAUUUAACAUUCAUUUUAACAUUCAUGUGUCUCAUUUGAAAAGAUAUGCAGAGCAAGGCUUCGUGGAGUAAUGGUCAACUGUGAUAAAAUAAGCAAAAAAUAAUAAUGACUUUUCAUUAUCAUCACUCACACUGUCACAAUGCAAAUGUUAAAAUGUAAAUUUCCCCUCACUCCCCCAGAACAAUUGGAUGUGCACAGCCAGAGCAACUUCUUCAUUGGUCGAAAUCAAACACGCACAAUUAUCAAUGCUUUAUGUGUCUUCUUUAUGUUUUUGCUGGAAAUCUGAUCAUUUCUGACAUUUUCCAAUCAAAAGACAUCAAGGUGAGACCGCUUGCCUGCUCAAUGGAAGCUGUUUCCAUGUGACACUGCAGUGCAUGAUGGUAUGCCAACUGAAACAGAAAAAAAAUCUACUAAGUGUACCAAUCUUUACAAAAUGUCACAUCACAACUCUUUAAGCCAUUACUUGCAAAGCAAUGCAACAGAUGAAUAAAUCAAACCAAACAACUGCAUUCCAUCUUAAGUGUAUAAUGUGACCUCUAAGGGCAUCAUUAAACCAUGUGGAAGUAAUUGUUUUGAUGCUUUAACUUGUAAAUAGACGCUUUGUAAUGCUCUACUCUCACUCAGAUGGAUCAAAACGCAGCAGCCUCCACUGGAUACCAACUCAAAACAUGGCCUUCAUGCUCUGAAGAAUGUAUAUAUGUUGAUGAAUGUUUCUGGUUGUACAUACUGAUGUUAUCACAUAAUAUUUAUAAAUGAAUCUAUGGGAUGUCUAGUCAUGAAAAGAGUCAAACUAUUUUCUUUUUGAAGAAGUCUGUGAAUAUCUCCUGUAUCUGUUGAUGAUUAAGUCUUGUUAAAGUAAAAAAUGGAAAACUC